CUGGAGUACAGCGGCUGGAGCCUGGCCUUCCGCCUGCGCUCCUCCGCCGGCCUGCAGCUCUUCGACGUGCGCUUCAACGGCGAGCGCGUGGCCUACGAGGUGAGCGUGCAGGAGGCCAUCGCCUUCUACGGCGGAGACACGCCGGCCGCCAUGCAGACCAAGUAUCUGGACGCCGGCUGGGGCAUGGGCUCCGUUACCUACGAGCUGGCGCCCGGCGUCGACUGCCCCGAGGUGUCCACCUUCCUGGACGUGCACCACCUGUACGACAGCGAGGGGCCGCGACGCUUCCGCCGUGCGCUCUGCGUCUUCGAGCUGCCCACCGGCGUCCCGCUGCGGCGGCACUUCGACAGCGACUUCCGUGGGGGGUUCCAGUUCUACGCAGGGCUGGAGGGGCACGCCCUGGUGCUGCGCACCACCUCCACCGUCUACAACUACGACUACAUCUGGGAUGUGCUGCUGUACCCCAACGGCGUGCUGGAGGCCAAGGUGCACGCCACCGGCUACAUCCACGCCACCUUCUACACGCCGCGGGGCCGCCGCUACGGCAGCCGCGUGCACAGCCACGUGCUGGGCAACGUUCACACGCACCUGGUGCACUACAAGGUGGACCUGGAUGUCGCAGGCACCGGCAACAGCUUCGAAACGAUGGACGUCAGCUUCGAGAACAUCUCCAACCCGUGGAGCCCCGGCGCACGCGUGGUGCAGCCCUG